UUAAAGCUUUUGAAAUGGAGAUUAUACCUGCUAACAGGAUUGUUAAACAGAUUGGAGAAACACUCAGACUCACAUGCAAUACUACUGGCUGUGCAUCGCCCAGUUUCUCCUGGAGAACCCAGAUGGACAACCCCCUUGGAGGAACAGUGAAUAACUAUAGGACAUACUCUACCUUGACUAUGAGUCCAGUCAGCAUUGUGAAUUCUCAUGACUAUCUAUGUACUGUCUUCUGUGGUGAGAAAGAGAAAAAAGAGAAGAAAGAGAAGAGUGUCAAAGUUGAACUUUACUCUUUUCCCAGAGAUCCUGUCAUUGAGAUCAGCCCACACUUGGUUGCUGCGGAACCAGUCACUGUUACCUGUAGAAUUCCUGAUGUGUAUCCUUCUCAUUACCUGGAAGUACUCCUAAAGAAAGAGGGACAUGUUCUUCACGAGGAAAAUUUUUAUGAGGAUGACAGCACAAAUACAGAGAACAAAACUGUCACAUAUUCAUUUAAUCCCACGGCUGAAGAUAUUGGGAAAGAGAUUACCUGUGUGGCCAAGUUACCAAUUCCUAAUAUGGACUUUGAACCCAAAGAAAGAGUAACUUCUGAGAAACUGACUGCAAACUUUGGCCCACAAAAUACUGGCAUUACUGCAUCUCCAGGCAACUGGCCAAUGGAAGGAGACACUGUAAACCUCACUUGUGUGACUGAGAGUAAUCCACCAGCACAGAUAGUUUGGAGAAAACAUCUGGCUGAUGAAAGCAUCCAGCUUCUGACAAAAAACAAUGUCCUUUCUAUUCCUGAUGCCCGUUUCACUGAUUCAGGACUGUACAUCUGUGAAGUGACUAAUCUGGUAACGAAUAAAACAGAGAAAGCAGCUGUGGACAUAGUUAUACAAGGUGCUCCAGACAUUACAGAACUCUCCAUUGAACCUUCUACCACUGUUCAAGAAGGAGAAAAUGUUUCCAUACGAUGUUCUGCUGAGGGUAACCCUUCUCCAAGGAUUAUUUUAAGGAGAAAACCUGACGGUGCAGACUUGGGGCCUUAUAGCGAGGGGAGAAUUCUCCUUCCAUCUGUGACGUUCCUAAAUGGAGGAGACUAUGAAUGUGUAGCAGAAAAUAAGUUUGGGAAAAGCAGAAGUGAAAUAACACUUAAUGUGGAAUGGUUCUUCCUUUCAGAUGGACCAAAGAAUACAAUGAUCUCUGUUAUCCCUGCCACUGUCGUUAAAGAAGGAGAAACUGUGAUAAUGAAAUGUACUAGUUCUGGCAAUCCGGCUCCAGUGAUCUCUUGGAAGAAAAAGAAGACUACUGGGGAGCCUGAGAAAAUUUAUACAGAUGCCACUUUAACCAUACAGAACAUAAAAAGUCAAGAUCUGGGGCUUUAUGAAUGUGAAGCUUAUAACCAAUUCGGCAAAGAAGAAAAAGAUGUGAAAUUACGUGUUCGAGUUCCUCCCCAAAAUAUCACUGUGUUAGUAUAUGCAUUAGAAAAGGAAGGAGAAAACAUCACUAUUACAUGUAGCACAUACAGUGACCCACCAUCAGAGAUGGUCCUGAAAAAAGUCCAUCAAUCAGGAGAAAGAAAUUAUUCUGCCAUCAUUUCAGAAAGAUUGGAAAGACCAGACCAAAUGAUCCCACUGAUUAUUGCAUUUUCCUCUGUGACAGCAGUAGCAGUACCUGCAGUUGCAAUUUUGAUCUACGUGUCAAGAAAAGCAAAGAUAAAUGGAUCCUACAGUCUCGUAAAAGCACUCAGGCUGAAAGUGUGA